AUGUUGCUACGAAAUGAAAUAUUUUUAUUUCUGUUGUUUAAUGUUGCUUCCGGGCUAAAGAUUCUUCAAAUCGUCCCGGGAUUUACCAAUAGCCAUGUUUUAUUUAACUACCGUCUGGCGGAGACGCUAAGAUCCUUGGGCCAUGAAGUCGUCCUGUGGACGCAAAUGGAAAUGUCUAUGCUCGAUACAGGCAAUAAUAAAUUACCAUCUGGUACCGUGGAAUAUCGUACAAAUAUACAUUUCACGGAUUCUCUGAAGACUGAGGGACUCAAGGUGUUUCAAUCGAUGAUGUUUUCCGCUGGGGAUGCCUAUGAUUUGUGGUGGACUGGCCAAGAAUUUCGAUCGAUGCGCCUUGAGGCUUGCCAUCAAAUGCUAACCGAUUCUGACGACAAGUUUUCUAAAUUGCGGGCUGACAGGUUCGACCUAGCCAUCGGCCAUUUUCACGAUCUCUGCCCACUAGCAAUCGCCCAUAAAGCGAAUGUAAGCAAGAUGGUUUGGAUCACACAUGGAACGUCAAUUUACGAUUUUGCGGGUAUUCAGCUAGGGCUCAGAACACAGCCCGCAGCCGUACCACACCCCCUGUCAAGCGGCGGCUUUUCCUUGGAUUUUUGGGAUCGAGUGCAAAACCUGUUAUGGCACAUUUCGCUCUUGGAUUUUGUAAAUCUGCCACAAAACCUGCUAUAUGAAGAGAACGAUAUGUAUAGAGAGCUGGUAGGCCCAAAUGAGAGCGACUUAUGGGAUCUCUCCAUGGACGUCUCUGCCCUUUUAAUUAAUGGAGAACGAAUGCUAGAUUUUCCUCGACCUCUUUCACUUCACGUCUCCUUUACGGGAGAACUAGGAGUGUCGACAGCAAAAGCUGAAUCGAAAGGCCUCGGUGAUGAGAUAGAAAAUAUUCUGACGACACCAAGUGAUGGCAUUGUUCUGUUUUCCUUGGGGACUGUUUCAAAUACCACCAAUAUGCCAGAGCAAAUGAUCAAGAGCUUCUUGGGUGCUUUCGCACAACUUAAAUCUUACACAAUUUUGUGGAGGAUGGAGAAGGGAGUUCCUGGUAUAGAGGGAUUAAAACAUGUUCAUCUGUUGAAAUGGCUGCCGCAGAAGCAAUUGAUGAAGCAUCCCCAGACGAAACUACUGAUUGCGCACGGCGGAUACAAUUCUCUGCUAGAAACGGCACAAGCCGGAGUUCCAGCUGUUUUGAUGCCUUUGUUCGCCGAUCAAAAGAUUAACGCCCAACGAGCUGAGCGUUUCGGGAUCGCGAGAGUGUUAGAUAAGCUGAACCUCACCCCUGAAGGUGUCGAGAGCGCAAUCAGAGACGUGCUCGAGGAUGGAAAAUAUGCCAGAUCUGCCAAGAGAUUAUCUGCAAUGCUGAUCGACAAGCCGAAAACAGAGAAAGAGUCGUACUUCGGUUACAUUUUACGACUGGCAGCCAAACCACGCGACUACUUCACACUCCGGGGCGCACAGAAGCACGGGUUUUUCGCUUUUCAUUGCCUCGAUGUUUUACUUGUAUUCCUCGCUGCCAUUUUUGUCGUCAGCAAA